CGCUCUAAAACCGCUCGCUCUCAAUAACCAACUCCUGCACAGUUCUAUUCCUCUCACUUUUCGCUCUCCGAUCCUAAACCCUAGAUUCCCAAUAUGUCAUCGGAGCCUCUCCCAGCCUCCGAGCUCAGCCCUAAGCCUGAGAAUGGCGCUAACGGCGAGAACGGAGACUCAGUGAGCAAAAAGGCGGCCAAGAAAGAAGCCGCCAAGCAAGAGAAGCUCCGCCGCCGCCAGGAGCAGGAAGAGGCCGCCGCCGCCGCUCGCGCUCAGUCCGAUGAGCCGGCGGACCCGCUCGCCGGGAACUACGGCGACUUGCCGCUGAUUGAGCUCCAGUCGAUGAAGAUCGCCGACGUCAAGAACUGGACGGAGGUCGGAGCUCUGACAAAGGCCUUGAAGGACCAGAAGGUUCAGAUACGCGGCCGCGCUCAGACAAUCCGAGCCGUCGGGAAGAACAUGGCCUUCCUGGUGGUGAGAGAGAAAGGGUUCACGGUUCAGUGCGUCGCGACGGUCCAGCCGGAGAUUGUGAGCCGUCAGAUGGUGAAGUACGUGGCGGCGUUGAGUCGUGAAUCAGUUAUUGACAUUGAAGGGGUUGUGUCAGUUCCUGAACAGCCUAUCAAAGGCGCUUCACAGCAGGUGGAGGUGCAAGUCAGAAAGUUGUACUGUGUAAGUAGGGCGGCUGUUUUGCCUAUUAAUGUCGAGGAUGCUGCUCGUAGUGAUGCCGAAAUUGAAAGAGCUAGUCAGGCUGGAGAACAAUUGGUUCGUGUCAAUCAGGACACUCGUCUGAACAACCGAGUUAUUGACAUAAGAACACCGGCUAACCAGGGAAUCUUCAGAAUCCAGAGUCAUGUUGGAUUGAUCUUCAGACAAUUCUUGCUCUCCGAAGGGUUUUUUGAAAUCCACUCCCCUAAGUUGAUUGCUGGUUCCAGUGAAGGUGGGGCUUCAGUGUUUAAACUGGACUACAAGGGGCAACCUGCCUGCCUCGCGCAGUCACCGCAGCUCGCCAAGCAGAUGGCCAUCUGUGGUGACUUUGGUCGUAUCUUUGAGAUUGGUCCCGUUUUCAGAGCUGAGGACUCCUUCACACAUAGGCAUCUGUGCGAGUUCACUGGUCUUGAUAUUGAGAUGGAACUUAAGUGGAACUAUUUUGAGGUUAUGGAUGUCGUUGACAAGUUAUUUGUUACUAUGUUUGACUAUCUGCACAAGAAUUGUGAGAAGGAACUUGAAGCUGUAAGGAGGCAGUAUCCCUUCGAACCACUAAAGUACUUGCCUGAGACUCUACGUCUCACUUUUGCGGAAGGUGUUCAAAUGCUAAAGGAUGCUGGUGUUGAAGUUGAUCCGAUGGGUGACCUGAAUACUGAAGCAGAGAGGAAACUGGGCCAACUAGUCUUGGAAAAAUAUGGCACUGAGUUUUACAUACUGCACCGCUAUCCAUUGGCUGUGAGGCCUUUCUAUACCAUGCCUUGCUAUGACAAUCAGGAGUACAGUAAUUCAUUUGAUGUCUUCAUUCGAGGUGAGGAGAUUAUAUCAGGUGCACAACGUAUUCAUGUACCAGAGUUCCUAGCUGAACGUGCUGAAGCACGUGGAAUAGAUGUCAAGACUAUAUCAACAUAUAUAGAUUCCUUCAGAUAUGGUGCACCUCUCCAUGGUGGAUUUGGAGUAGGGCUGGAGCGUGUUGUGAUGCUCUUCUGUGGUCUGAACAACAUCCGCAAAACAUCCCUAUUCCCACGUGACCCUCUCAGGCUAGCUCCUUGAUUUCUUCAGUUAAAGUGGCAAAUAAGUAGCAGUAUUGGUUUAGUUCAUAAUGUUUGGAUUUUUUAGGAGACUUAUAAGUGGUUGUUCACUUGUUUCAUCUGUUCAACUUAUUGAAAUCAUAAGGAAGUGAAUUUUGCUGAA